AUGCUUAAGGUCACUGGCUCAGCGUCUGUGCGACAGCCGUCUGAGUUAUUCCUUAUGCGACUUUACAGUAGUGUUGGUCGUUUUGCAUGCCGUGUGCCAUAUAUUAUUAUAACACGAAACAAAGUCACAUUUGAUGCCGUAAAGCCACUUGCCAAGUUCGUAAAAGUUUGCAUUAGUGAGUGGAAGACCCUGAGAAUACCACCAACUCUACAUCAAGCACCACUAAAGUAUUUCUUUGCUCUUGUGCGACAGGUUCAAUUUAGGAAUCGUUAUGUUCCACUUUCUAAGCGGUUUUUGUUUCGUGAAAUAAGUUCCGAUGUUAGUGUUGUCUCGCCCUCGUUUAAGGAGUCCUUCGAAGACGUUGCGAUGUUUAUUGAUGAAAAAGUUGCCGAUCAGUACAGGCUUACAUGCGAGGAAUCAAUGCUUUUGUUUCAACCGCUAAUGGACGCCAAAGUUUCUUCACCGUCAGCAACAGACGCUGUUGUGAAGGGGAGGAGCCCCUUGCUUAGCCGCAAGGAACGGCUUGACAGCGAGUACUGGUUUCUAAGGAAAUUGGAAGAUAUUGCACCGUCUGGCGGCUUUUCCGAGGUCUCCCAGGAGGCUUUGCAAUCUUCAUGUCUUCCUCGACCAUCUCGAACGUCGCAAGUCAAGACCUACGUGGACCCUGCCGACUACGAAGUGCUUCGCGUAUGGACUCGAGGUCUUCACCCCGCCUGCAUGUAUCCUCUGGACCGCUCUUUAAAGCGGCGUCCCGUGGAGGCGACGACUACCUCUACAGUCACGGAUGGCAGCAUCACUGACAGCAGCAAACACCAGGGCAACCGCAUCGCCUCUCUCAAACGGUGGGUGGAGCGCCUGAUUAACUUGGUAGGACCGAAAGCGAUGUCACUCGUGCCAGCGGACCAUCUAUGCUACAACCACGUUCUCCUCGCCUACCAUCUCAAAGGUGACAAUGCUCUCUGCCUGCGUAUGCUCAAACACGUCCCAGUUUCACCUGCUGCAAGUGGCAACGCUUUUGCCGAAGGUGUGGUGGACGUACUGCCAGUGCACCGCUUUGAGGGGCUCUCACAGGGUGCGCGCGGUCUUGUAGUGGCGACGGGUGCAGUGGCUGCGGUAGGGCUUGGUCUCCUCACUCCUCUAGCCUUCCUCCUCACCGGCAUUGGCUCCGCUACCUCCGAAGCCAUCUUAGCCUGGUGCCUCUGUGCUGCCACCACUGCUGGCGGGACUACUGCUCUUGUUGCUCUGCGCUACUGGAAGGCCCGUGCUGAGUGGAGUGAGCGUCUGCGCAAACUCUCACUGGUCUGCGAGUCCAGCUCUGGUAGAUUCGCGCUGGCACACUUCCUCGGUCUCGCCCAGGCCGAACUCUUCAAGUCGGCCCUCCUGGUCUAUGCACUACUUCUACAACCCUCUGAAUGUGAGUUCCGGGCCCUCUUGAAUGAUCUGUACAUCUUUUCAUCCCUCCUCCACCUCAUUCAACCAUCAGGCAAAACACCACUGAAACGCAGCCAACUUGAGAUCCGCGCCGAAUCCUGGGUGGCUAAACGCCUCUCACCACAUAGCCACAUCAGCCUGCCUGCUUCGACGGAGGCACGUGUCUCAUUCCUCCACCGCCUUCGUCGUGGCGGUGGAAGUAGCAUCACCACCGAGGAGGCCUUCACCGGUGGCUCCGGACCCUCCUUUGACCUCCAAUUCGAUGCGGGUCCCGCGCUGGCAUUGCUCCGACACUUGGGUCUCGUGAGGGGCAGUGACGAGGAAGGACUGGAGGUGACGACGAUGAGACCCCUCGGUGUCGAUUGCAGUGGGAGGAGAAAGCAACUUUCUGCUUUUCUCAGUCCUGAGUGUCAGGAAGAUGAUCUCGGCUUUCCUAGGAUCCUUAUUCACCAGUGA